CAUGUUCAACUUCUGCAGGGAGUCGAGAGGAAGGAGAAUUGCCAGCUGAUGCUGCUUCUCCCGGAGGUAUGGAAAUUGAGGAAACAAGCUUCGUCCAACAAAUGCAUGAUGCUCUGAAGGAAGGAUCGGCUGAUGUUCCACCCACUCCUGACGUUGAUCCAUCAGCUGCGGACACAGGUACUGAUCUUUCUCCUCUCGGAAGAGAAAUCCGAGAAAUGAAUGAGUCGGACCGUGUGCCUCCUCUAAUGACCUGUGCGCUUUCUCUCCUUUUAGUCAAAUUAAAAGAAGCAGGUACCAGUAGUGGAGCUCUCGAAUCAGCCCCGACCAAUGAAGGUAAAAUCGAUCUUUGUCUUGGGCAGAUUCGUCUAAAUUUACAUGUUAUUUAUGGUUCCUCAUGUUCUUUAGACAUCCCGAUGCACGAGCCUAUUGAAGGAGAAGCUACCCAUGCCACCAAAGUCGAUGAUUUUAAUAAUUUCGACUUUAAUAUCUCAGAGGACGACCAUCAACAAAUCCUUGAUUCUCUGUUAGAGAAAGCCUCUGAUGCAACUAUCGGCUCAGAUGUUGGAAUUGGUUCAACGGAAGCCGGUCCUUCUGAGAGUAAGACUUUGGUUCUGUGAACUCCACAUAUAUAUAUACGUAUAUAUUUUGACUUGAUUAAUCAUAUAAGUGUCUGAAUUAUAGGACCAACUGCUGGAGCUGAUACUACUAUAAUUACUGGAACGUCUGAUCGGCCAGAGGGUAGCGAACUCGUGCCAUGGGCAGGAACUGAGGUUGAUUUGCAAUCAUCAGUUCUUGAGCCUCAACCUUCUACUCCUAUGGACCCUAUGAUGAUAGAAGUCACUGUCACUCCCCAGAUUAGUCCGGUCGCAACAAAAGCGAGACCAACUGAAGGCGUUGGUACGUCGGCUGAUGUUAUGCCUAUUGCUGAAUCAACUCUUAAAGAGCCUCUUAGCUUGGACCCGCCGUCUUCUGAAGCUUUAAUUGAAAAAGCCUCUGAUGUAGCGGGUGCAUCAACAGCUACCAUUCCUGAAUCAACCUUGGUUGUUCCGGAAAUCAGGUUACCAUCCUCGGGUGAACUAAGUCAUGCUGAAGGUUCUUCCAUCGAACUUGUUCCUUCAUCAUCAUUAUCAGAUCGCAUCCGAGCUUUGUUAGCAGACGAGGAUCCGGAUAAAGCCGGCAUUUGCUCUGAUCUCGACGGCUUCAUCUCCUUUUUGAAUUCUAUGGUUGAUCGUAUUCUCUCCAAAGGAUCGCGAUUUGAGAGUUUUAAGAAACCUCUUGAGGAAGCAUGGAGCGGUCCUGAAGUGAUUUUUAUGGAUAAAGCACAUCCAUUGAGUACCCCAAUGGUUGUCUGGUCACUUGAUGUGAAUAAAGACCAUUUCCGACCUCUAGAGGAUAACGAAGAACUUCUCGGUCCAGAAGUACCAUAUCCUAGUGCAAUUGGUGCACUAAUAUAUCUUGCUAGUGAUAUACGGCUAGAUAUAGCAUUCUCUAUAAAUUUGUUAGCAAGGUAUAGUUCUUAUCCAACUCCAAGACAUUGGAACGGAGUUAAGCACAUAUUUCGAUAUCUUCGAGGAACAAUUGAAAUGGGAUUGUUUUAUUCAAAAGGAUCUGGAGCACAACUAAUUGGUUAUGCAAAUGCAUGGUAUUUAUCCAAUCCACAUAAAGCUCGAUCCCAAUAG